AUGGAUCAGAUCCUAGAGGGGCAGGAGGAGUACGCCUUUUCCAUCGGCGCGCUAGUGUUGAAUCAAAUGGCUUAUGCUGAUGAUCUCAUACUAUUCGCCAGCUCCCCUGACGAGAUGCAGAAGCGGAUAGACCGGCUCGUUGUCGGCCUUGGCAAGCUCGGACUCGAACUCAACGCCCUGAAAUGCCGUGUGUUAUGCAUUCGUGGGAACAAGAAGAGGAAGUUCUGCUAUGUGGACACCGCCGUAUCUAUUAUGGUGGACGGAGUCGCCCUCCCGGCCAUAACUGCUGAGUCUGAGUUUAACUAUCUCGGAGUCCAGUUCAACUGGAGGGGCGUCGCUCGGACACCUCUUGGUCUCGAACAUCUUUUGACCAGGCUCGAUCGCGCUGCGCUCAAACCGCAGCAAAAGCUGAACUUCCUUAAAAAAUUCUUGCUUCCGCGUUUGCAUCACCGCCUCACUUUUGGCCGCCAUCACAGGGCUGAACUGGUUAAGGGCGACAGGAUGAUUCGUCGGGCGGUUCGUAGGUGGCUCCGGCUGCCUUCCGACUGUCCCAAUUCCGCCAUCCACUCUCCGGCGAGAUUCGGCGGUUUAGGGGUUGCUUCGCUGGAACAGCUCGUUACCACACUGAAAGGCAAACGCCUUAGCCUUUUUACUGAAGGGUGCGCAGAAGAUGCCCCGGUUGCAUCUAACCCUCAGUCCGAUAUUUAA